UGCCAGGAAGGAGCGCUGCGGAAAGGUGAAAGCGGCUGGGUGGGUGAGGGAGAGCCGGCCCCUGGGACUUCAGCCUGGGACCCUCUAACGCGGGCAGGGGAGGGCUGGCUACCAGGGUCUGGAAGCAGAGACUCGCAUUUCUGGAAGCCGCUUUGUCCGGGACCGGUGUCCCCCAGCCCGCUGUCCUGGCAGCUUUGUGCCAGGCUCCAGGUACAUUUAGAGCCCCACGGCUGCCCCGGAGGAGGGCGGGUUGUGCCCAGGAUACUGAGGACCCACUGCUGGGUGAGGCGUGUCCUGCCUGGCCGGAGAGGAGUGCCAAGGUCCCAGUGUAGACUUUGUAUGGAAUUGCACGGAGCCUGUCAUGGGCUGUUGGAGGAACACAGGAGUGUCAGUCGAGUCUGCGGCUGUGGCUGAGACGUGAAGCUGUCAGAUCAUCCUAAUAGACAACCUGCAGAAUCGGAAACAGCAUGUACACACGCCUCCCCCUGAGCGGCUCUCCGUUCCCAGCCUCAGUGCAGGAUCCUGGCCUGCAUGUAUGGCGGGUAGAGAAACUGAAGCCAGUGCCUGUAGCACGUGAGAACCAGGGCAUCUUCUUCUCGGGGGACUCCUACCUCGUGCUGCACAAUGGCCCGGAAGAGCUGUCCCACCUGCACCUAUGGAUAGGCCAGCAGUCCUCCCGGGACGAGCAGGGGGCCUGCGCUAUGCUGGCCGUGCAUCUCAACACCCUGCUUGGGGAGCGGCCCGUGCAGCACCGAGAGGUGCAGGGCAAUGAGUCCGACCUCUUCAUGAGCUACUUCCCACGUGGCCUCAAGUACCAGGAGGGCGGAGUGGAGUCAGCAUUUCACAAGACCUCCCCUGGGGCUGCUCCAGCUGCCAUCAAGAAACUGUACCAGGUGAAGGGGAAGAAGAACAUCCGGGCCACCGAGCGGGCACUGAGCUGGGACAGCUUCAACACCGGAGACUGCUUCAUCCUGGACCUGGGCCAGAACAUCUUCGCCUGGUGUGGUGGCAAGUCCAACAUCCUGGAGCGCAACAAGGCGCGGGACCUGGCCCUGGCCAUCCGGGACAGUGAGCGGCAGGGCAAGGCCCAGGUGGAGAUCGUCACGGAUGGGGAAGAGCCCGCCGAGAUGAUCCAGGUCCUGGGCCCCAAGCCAGCUCUGAAGGAGGGCAACCCCGAGGAAGACCUCACAGCUGACCGGACAAACGCCCAGGCCGCAGCUCUGUAUAAGGUCUCCGAUGCCACCGGACAGAUGAACCUAACCAAGGUGGCCGACUCCAGUCCCUUUGCCCUUGAGCUGCUGCUGUCUGAUGACUGCUUCGUGCUGGACAAUGGGCUCUGUGGCAAGAUCUACAUCUGGAAAGGGCGAAAAGCUAACGAGAAGGAGCGGCAGGCGGCUCUCCAAGUGGCUGAGGACUUCAUCUCCCGCAUGCGAUAUGCCCCCAACACUCAGGUGGAGAUUCUGCCCCAGGGCCGUGAGAGCCCCAUCUUCAAGCAAUUCUUCAAGGACUGGAAAUGAGGGUGUGCGCCUCCCUGAGCCCCGCCUCCUGCCCGCUUUCUCCUCCUCUGGCUGCCUGGUCAGUGCAGAGGUGGCCCCGAGGCUGUUCAAUAAAGGAGAUGAGUGCUUUCCUGAC